AUGGAUCUCCGAUCCGUUCUUAAUACGUCUGAUGGCGGCGACCGCGCUCCAGCCAAACCUGCGCCGAAGCCGCAACCGCCGCCUCAUCACCAACAGCAACCUCACCAACAGCAACCUCACCCACAGCAGCAGAUGCAGCGACCAUCUCAAAGCCCAGGCCAGGCACACGCACCCGCACCACAUCCAUACUAUCGAGAUUAUAACCGCCAACCACCACCUCAUGCUUCGCCGAGCAAACCUUUGCCGCAAGAAUAUCCUCCACAUGCUGGCCAUCCUCAUCGACCUCAGUCGCGGCCACCGUCGCAUCCUCAGCCAUCUCCCCAUCAACCACCGCCUGGUGCGUAUCCACCACAAUCUCCGUAUCAAACACCCGGGCCAUAUCCAGGACGUCCUGUUCCACCUCCCAUCCAGUCGGCGGGUUCCUUUCACGAUGUUCGAUCACCAGGUGGCCUAACUCCAGGUCAAUCUCCCUAUCGAGCAUCAGCAACUCGAUCGGCUAUAUCGGGUGACGGUGCCUAUCCAUUUCCCACCACUCAGUCUCCUGCCGAGAUGUACGCACCUCGGGAAGCUUUCCCCCAGGGCCCACAAGGCGUGCCGCAAGGACAUGCACCCGGUCCCUAUACUUCAACCCUGCAACAUCAACAACAGCAGCAAAAUCCUAUUCAGCAGCAAUACCUAAAUCAACGUCCGCCUUCAGCAACCCAUUCUGCCCACUCCACCCCUACUCAAACACCUGCUCAACCCCAACUUCCCUACAAUUCUUCUUUCGUUCAGAGCAGCCCUGUCACCGCUUCGCGUCCACCUCCUGGAGAACACAGUCGCCAACCAUCACAGCCAGCAACCCCUGCCGGUCCACCUCUAUCUGCAGGAUCAAGACAAGCAUCAAUUACAGGAGGUUUCGCACAACCUUCGAGUCCAUACCAACAAAGACUUUCCUACGCAGCAGCGGUCCCAGUAGCGCAAGCACAGGCACAGGUACAAGCACAGGUACAAAGCUCACCACCUCCGCCUCCACCACCUGCAAAGCGUAUAUCUAGUAGCUACGGUUCACCGGUUCCAGACGCGCAUCGAAGAUCCCAAUCCCACAGCGAACGAGCCCCGAGCCCAUCCGUCAGUCCCAAAACUCGAGUACCAUCGCUUCAAAGCAAUCCCGAUCCACUCGCUGCACUAGCAGCAGCGGAUGCUAGAACAAAACAGUCGCAUUCAGUUUCGCUUCCGCAACCAAUGGCCAUCGAUACAGAGCGGGAGCGCGCGGCGACUCCUGCCAAACGCAAACUAGAGGAACGCGACAGCAGCCCUAGGCAAGAGCCUGAGAAGCGAAUCAAACCUAGCCAGAUCAAUGGUGAUCAGAGCACUUCUAAGCACGAAUCGGUGUCUUCAAGUCCGCCAGUCGCAUCUUCAGCUAUAAGGAAGAAGAGGACACGCUACCUACAGCCUCCGGUAUGGGCACAAGAUGCCCGAACGAUUGGCAAUAAUCGAAUGCCUUCGAACCCGAACUUCGUCCUUCAAAAGAGGAUGCAUUCUCAUAUCAAUGGCAGAAAGGAACCGGAGCAGAACACCCGCUCUAGUCGCCAUACCUCGCCUGAGACUAAUAGGGUCAAUCCUCCAGCUACUCAUGCCGUCCCACCUGUUGAGUCAGGGCCACAGGACAUGCUUGGUCCUUGGGAGCCCAGUAUCACAGGACUCAAACCUUAUGAGGAGCUCUCAAGACAGGUCGCUGAUUUUCUUUUUGUCAAUGUCCUCAAAACUCCAGACAUGGGAGAGAUCACAAGUCGGGGGAUCCAAUUCGAGGUGGAGGCGAAACUUGGUACCCUCAUCGAUAGGGAUACCAAUCACCGAAUUUCCCGUGGCGUCGCGUCAGAAUGCGUGUUGUCAGAUAAUAAUCGUGUCGCAUUCAAGAGUAGCAUGACUGAGCUUGCGCACCAGAAAAACAACGAGUUUCUCAAUGAUAUCGUCAAAGCCACACAUCCCCGUGGCCACGGGGGUCCAAAUCGUGUUUCAGUCGUUUAUAAGCAUCGCCGGGAAAUAGAUCGCUUCUUUGAGCUUCCAGCAGAUUUGCAGGCCAGGAUUCCUGGCUGCGUGCGAAGUCGUCUCGGGAGAAAGACAGUUCGCGUGCGAGUGACAUAUGAUCAAAAGACACAAGAGGUUCUUGGCAAGAUCAUCAAAGCUCGCGUAGCCGACCUCGAUAUUCAUUUCCCUGACAUGCCCAUGGACUGCCGUAUCAGCAUCAAUCUCGAGAUGGAUUGGGAUGGCACAGUGGAGGAACUGGAGCAGCUCCCAAAUCGCGGAGAUAAUCCUGAUCGUAACAAAGAUAGACUUAGUUACACUCAGGGGCCUUACCAGGUCGACCUCACACAGGUCAUUCAUGCUGGGCAAGGGGGUCGGAUGGAAAAAGAGCACGAGCUUGAGAUCGAGCUCAACCCGAGGUUACUCGUCGAAGAAGGUCGUAAAGCUGCUAGCGGUGGGGUGCAUCGCUAUCAAGAGCUUGUGGAAGGUUUUGUCGAUAACAUACGGGUGCUUACUCGCAAGGCGCGGGAGCAAGAGAUGGAGUCAUGA